AACACCGUCAAUCCAUUAGAGGUUCUUUUUUUGUAUCCCAGUGAACUCCAUUCUAAAAAAAACUCCAGCUCCAAAUUCAUCAUCAUCAUGAAACAAAAUUCCACAAAGCCCACAACGACAGUGAUGCCAUCGAAGGCGGGAAAAACACAAUCGAUGCAACAUGGACAGCACCAUCGGCAGCAGAUGCCCAUGCACCAACAGCCGAUGCAGCAGCCUGCGGCAGUAACGUACCAUCAGCAACAACCAUCGUACCAGGCCGUAGCACCGCAGCAGUCGCAUCAUCCACAUCUUCUUCAACAACAACUUCCGGCAGGGUGCAUAGUGCUACCAUCUACAACGAUGUCUCCCCAACCGCAGCACACUUACCUGCCCCAGCAGCCAGGACAACUUGGGAAUGUAGCAACACCGAUAGCUCCCGUGUACGUCGGCGGUACGGUCAUGGGUCAGCAAACAGCUCAACAAGCCGCACCGGCCGGCUUUUCAACUUCGGCCCAACAACCACGCGCAGGGUAUCGGCAACCCGUACAACAUCACCAGCCAACGAUGUCGCAGGUACAGCAGCGUCCAGACUAUCAGCAAACCGGGGCUACCGUGGCCGACUUUGUGGCUGCUGGUGCAGCACCUGGUGGGUUUUCCGGUGUGCAUCAACCGUACAAACAGCAGCCACACCGACAACAGGCACAGCCAUUGCAGUCGUAUCAAGAAGCACCGGCCAGCUCGUAUCCGGUGCAAAUACAGUCGUCCCUACACCCGGAAGGGUCGACGACGGAAGCUCAGUAUUUCUUCGACGCAAACUGCACGAUGCCAGUCGUACAGCAGCAAACACCGUCGACGGCGGCCGGAUGCAGGAACCCCACGUGUACGAACUGUAAAUCCUUUAAGCGCCACUAGCACCAGUGAGGUUGAUCGAAAAAGGCU